ACUCAGAUGUGCACUUGAAAUAAUAGACCUGGACAUCAGUGAAGGUUUUAAGGACCUGCUCUGCAACAUGCUGGACGACGAGGUGACGCAGGGCAUCAUUGAGGACAAGAUUCUCCUGCAGUUUGGAGAGCAGAUGUUUCAUUUCUACAGCGGUGAUAGACGAAGGCGGGAGUACAUGAGGCAGAACCUCCGCCAACUGUCAAGACUUGUCCUUGAAGCCCGAAAAACGACUCCCUUAAAAAAUCUGGAGGACUUCUUUUACCCCUCAAGCUUCAGACACGUGGUGUCUGCUGUGAAAGUCGUAGCAGGUUACAAUGCAGAGACCAAAAUGUUCAAAAUCCCCUCGCUUGCGGUAAAGCUUGGUUACCACCUACAGAAAGCCUGCAGUAUUGUCGAGAGCAACGCCCUAAAGCUUGGGGAUAAAGAUCUAGCAAAGUCGGCACAGAACUUCCUCUCGGUGUACCAGAGAAAGUGGAAUAUGCUGGUCUCCUCUGGUGCAUUAUCAAAUAUGAACGAGUCAAAGAUGAACACAGACAAGAUGGUGCCGCUGGUCCAGGAUGUUAAGCUUCUGUAUUCACACUUGGAGAAGGUCCACGAAGUUGUAGAAAAAGACCUGAGAGACAAUGUGACUCAGGAGAACUAUGUCACACUGGCCAAGGUGAUGAUCGCUCGCAUGUUUUUUUUUAACAGGAGGAAAGCCUCAGAGAUAUCUUCAAUUACACUAAGAAAUUUUAUGUCACGGAAAAAGUGCGAUGUGCUGGAUGAAAUGGACGUAUCUGUCACCGAUUUGGAAAGAACCCUGUGUAGCUACUUCACAAGGGUGGACAUGAGAGGCAGUUGUGGAAGGGUAGUUCCUGUCUUCCUAAAACCCACAUUUGAGUCUGCUUUGGAGCUUCUGGUAAAGACCAGAGAGUUGUGUGCAGUUCCCAAAGAGAACAUCUAUCUCUUUGGCCGACCGAAUGCAAAGUCCAACUUCAAAGGUCCCAAAUCUGUCUACCAACUUGCCAAAGAGUGUGGCGUUGAAAAUCUCAACACAAUGACGGCAAAGAAGAUCCAGAAACACUUUGGGAAAAUGCUGUUGUGGAUGAACCUGAAUGGUGAAGAAGUGGAUCAGAUUUUGGGCCCCAACCAUCAGGCUCAUACCAUUAGGGCAGAGCUGGAAACUGGUGAGAGAGACUUUGAAGGAGAACAAGCUGCUUCCCCUUGUUACAGUGAGCACUCCACUUUCAGCUGCGAGCAAGCAAAUCAAAAUUACAAACAGGAACGUGGAACACCGACAGUUGUUCAACAGAAGGGCAAACAGAAGUGGGAAGUAGCGGAGGUUCGUGCUGUUGAAAGACAUUUGAUGCACUUCAUUACGACUCACAAGGUGCCUCAGAAAAAUGACUGUAUUCAGUGUCUGGAGGCUGAGCCGCAAUCACUGAAGACUCGAUCGUGGAAAGGUGUGAAGGACUACGUCAGAAACAGAAUCACUGCCUUAAAGAGAGAAAGUAAUAGAUCUGAGCAUGCACCUAAAAAUGAGAAGAAACCCCGGCGAGAGGAACAAGAAGAGGAUGAUUUGUAGAUGGCUAUACGAUGCAUUCCUUGAAAGCAACUUGUGUUGAGCUAAGGCUUUUUUUUUAUUUAUAUGGUCUUUCCUGUUCAAGGGAUCAUCAUUUCCUAGGUUUCGUUCAGCCUUAAGAGCUUUGGUUUUCUUUGUUCUAAAAGAUUAACUGCAUUGUGUUAUUUAAUUCAUUCAGAUAAAUAUGUCUGUUAUACUGUAGUUCUUCAGUAUCAGUUUCUAUUGACAGUGUUACUCAUUUAUGGAAAUUAAAUUUAAAAAAAACAUUUUAUUUGAGCAAUAAA